CAAACAUUGCAACAUAGUAUUAUCGUUAUCGAGGCAGUAAACAUCUGAUUUCUAAAUUUCUAAAAUUAAUGUUGCAACGUAGCAAAAGUCUAUCGACCGUGUAAACAACUAUGACAACAAACACAGCCACCUGUGAAUCAGAGUCGAAAGUUGAAAUUGUGAAGAAAACAUAUAAAUACGAGUUAUUGGAAGAUGUGCACCUGGCUCUGCAACCACCAGCAGGUAGUAAAGGUGAGACCUUAUAUACGCAAGGAAGCUUCAAGUACUUCCAUUACGGCUGCGAUGGCCAUUCGGACGCGGGCUGGGGCUGCGGCUACCGAACGCUCCAAACGGCCAUCUCUUGGAUUAUAAACAGGCGCAGUGGAAGGACGGCCAUGUGGAAUGUGCCCUCCAUAGAGGAGGUUCAGAGCUUGCUGGUGAGGAUUGGCGACAAACCUGCACGAUUUGUUGGCUCACGCGAUUGGAUAGGCACCAUGGAGGAGUUUUUUGUGAUAGAUUCCCUAUUUGAUAUACCCUGCAAAUUUGCACACGUGCAACAACUGAACAGUGAGCAGGUGCUAAAGCAGAUUCGUGAAUACUUUGUGGAUUAUUGCGGUUUAAUUGUUAUGGGCGGGUUAAGUGACACCGCUUCAAAGGCCAUUGCGGGCAUUCACCUGAGCCAAACGGCGGGCUGUUCACUGCUCAUUGUGGAUCCACAUUUCGUAGGCGUGCCCAGCUCCAAGCAACAGCUGAUUGAACGAGGUUAUGUGCGUUGGAUGCACAGCAGCGAGCUGGAAGGCAGCGCAUACAAUCUGUGCUUCAUACUGGAAAAGUAAAAACUGCCAACGGAAACGGUGCUGCCAAAUCAAAUGAAGUUGACAAAAACAAUAAAUUGCACUAGUUUA